AUGACAGAAGUGUUAAAGUCACUAAAUCCGAGGUUUCAGCAAAGAAGUAGACCUUUAAGUGGUAUGAUUAAUUCUGCAAUGUCUUUAUGGAGUUUAAGAAGUCAAUCUGUUAACUUAGAAAAAUUUAAACGAAAGUUUGAAUAUAAUAAUGAUGAUGGUCAAACUGAAUGCAUUAAUAAAUUUCAGACAGAAUGGAACGUUGCGAAAAUUAAUAGUAAUGUCUGUUCCAACAGUGAUAUAGAUAGACGGAAACUUUGUAGAUAUGUGCGGGAAAAUUUAUUUCAAAAAUCUAGUAUAAUAAAAGAGUGUGGGAGUGAGAUUCUCAUAGUUAGCAAUAGUGAUAGAAAUAAAUUAGUUGUGGAAGUUGAUGCUGGAACUCGCAUUAAAUGGCCUAGGAUCCGCGUACUCUCUCCCUCUUUGAUAACAUCACAUAUUUCAUUUGCUUCUAAAAAUUAUUAA